AUGGUCUGUGGCUGUGGACGUGCACAGUCCAGCCACAGCACGAGCGCCGCCUGGUGGACGGACAGAGAAGUGCACAUGCUCCAGAACUUAAAAAGGAAGGCAGCUCUAAAACACAGCUCUAACCUCAGCUCUAACAUCAGCUCUAACAUCAGCUCUAUCCUCAGCUCUAACAUCAGCUCUAUCCUCAGCUCUAUCCUCAGCUCUAACCUCAGCUCUAACUUCAGCUCUAACCUCAGCUCUAUCCUCAGCUCUAACCUCAGCUCUAUCCUCAGCUCUAUCCUCAGCUCUAACCUCAGCUCUAACUUCAGCUCUAUCCUCAGCUCUAUCCUCAGCUCUAACCUCAGCUCUAACUUCAGCUCUAACCUCAGCUCUAACCUCAGCUCUAACCUCAGCUCUAACCUCAGCUCUAACUUCAGCUCUAACCUCAGCUCUAACUUCAGCUCUAACCUCAGCUCUAACCUCAGCUCUAACCUCAGCUCUAUCCUCAGCUCUAUCCUCAGCUCUAACCUCAGCUCUAACUUCAGCUCUAACCUCAGCUCUAACUUCAGCUCUUACUUCAGCUUUAACUUCAGCUCUAUCCUCCGCUCUAACUUCAGCCUCAGCUCUAACUUCAGCUCUAUCCUCAGCUCAGAGGAGAGCAGAGUGAAACAUUGA